GAUGAUGGCCGUCCCACUGCCAGACGGUCAGACCCCAUACCCAUUAGCUUCGAUUCGAGCUUCCUAUCCACUUUACUCCAAUAUUGGACAGGAUUUGGUCGGACCGGACUUAGUAAUUGAAAAUUCUCUGACCGUUGUUUUAGGGGGAGGCAGAGAUGGGUAGGCCUCUAGCGCGACGGAAACGACCACCAGGAUUCAGGAAGCAGGAAACCGUUGUUUUGUCCGCCUCGGCCUGGUGUGGUGUCUUUCCACUCUUCUCUUUCUAUGAUUCUCUUCUCUCUCUAGUCUCUCUCUACUCGUUCGUUGGUUUCGUGCAUAUUAAUAUACGCAGUAGACAGUACAAAGAAGAAGCAUUCAAUCCAAUACGAACUUAUUACCUCUUCGUUGAAUUUAGACCUCUCCUUCUCUCACCACCCAUCUCUAUAUGUACGUCGGACACUCAUACCCCUCCUCCUUGUUCUUCUUCUUCUGUGUAUACGCCAAUGCCUGCCGAGCCAUCUCUCCUCCUUCUCUUUCUCGUCCUCGUAAUUUCCGCCCAUGGCCAUGGCGACGACGCCGUCCCCUCACCGUCGUCAACCGAUGAACCCGAUCUGCGGUCCAAGUCCCUGAUCAUCGUCAAGGUUUGUUCUUUGUUCCUUGUUUUCAUCGGAACGUUUCUGGCGGGCCUAUCCCCGUGCCUCCUCAAGUGGAAUGAAAGGUUCCUCGUAUUGGGGAUUCAAUUCGCAGGUGGUGUGUUCUUAGGGACCGCCUUGAUGCAUUUCUUAAGUGAUUCAACCGACACGUUCAAGGAUCUGACAACUAAAGAGUACCCCUUUGCGUUCAUGUUGGCCAGCGUUGGCUAUCUGCUUACCAUGUUUGCCGAUUGCGUCAUUUCACAUGUUUAUAACAAACAGGGGAAUGAAGUUUGGGGCGAUGAUGUUGAGCCUCUAGGAGGUGCUGAGCCUCAGCCUAGUAGUAGGAAAUACACCGGCACCAGCAGCAGUAGCAGCCACGGAACAACCAGUCAAUCACAAUUUCAGGUGGUUGAUAACAGAAGAGAUGACCACUUGGACUUCGUGGAGACAUCUCUUGCGACUGUUCGUUCGUUAGGAGACAGCAUCUUGUUAAUCGUGGCAUUGUGUUUCCAUUCAGUAUUCGAAGGCAUCGCAAUCGGGGUUGCAGAGACAAAGGCCAAUGCUUGGAGAGCUGUAUGGACGGUCAGCCUGCACAAGAUAUUCGCAGCUGUUGGCAUGGGAAUAGCCCUGCUGCGGAUGAUCCCUGAUCGCCCUCUCUCAUCAUGUAUAGCCUAUGCGUUUGCCUUUGCUAUAUCAAGCCCCAGUGGGGUGGUCAUUGGGAUCGUCAUAGAUUCCACAACACGGGGCGUUGUGGCAGAUUGGAUAUAUGCCGUAUCCAUGGGACUGGCUAGUGGUGUCUUCAUCUAUGUCUGCGUCAACCACCUGCUAUCCAAGGGUUACACUUACACACCUCAGAGUCAGAGUCAGAGGGAUAGGCAUAGGCAGGGUGAAUCGUCAUUCUGCAAUUUCCUGGCCGUCUUGUCUGGGGUCGGAGUGAUCGCCGUGGUGAUGAUCUGGGACACAUACUAGCUAGAAGCUAGUGAGAGUUUCAAUUACCUGCCACCACCUCUGUUUUUUUCAAUUAGGAGAGACUAGCUAGUGUAGCUCCUAUCUCUGUUUUUCAAUCUGGGACACAUAGUCCAUCGAGUAAUGUCUUUGACUUCUGAAUUCCAAGUGAGACAAUCCAGCAAGAGACCCAUCUCAGAUUUAGUUAGAACCUAUAUUUGCCUAAUGCCUACUGGACCAGACUCUUUUUUUUCAUUACUCUCCAACUGUCAUAAUAUGUAUGUUUCAAGGAUGAUCUGUACAAUUGUUGAUCUCGAUUAAAUUUUGCAAAAUCA